GAGAGGAGAACAUGUCAGGAACCUAAACUUUGGAUGGUCAAAUAUUUGCCGGGGAUGUGAACUUUGGUCUCCAGAUUCCGGCAUCUGUUGGAACUUUGUAGAGGAAGAACACAGCUCUAGAAGUUGCACCAUGAGGUGGACUUUUGUUUUCAUUCUCCUCUUCGGCCUGACCUCGGCCCAUCAGCCCACUAAAGGGAAACCUAAGAAGGAGAAGCACCACCAGGAGAAAAUGCCGUUACUCGAGGAGUCCACCUUGAACCUUCUCAAUGGCACAAGAGAGAUUUCUGCCCUCGAUUUAUCCAACAUGAACAACAACUUUGGCUUCAACCUCUACAGAAGAACAGCCGACAAACACGACGACAACAUCUUCUUCUCUCCAUUGAGCGUCUCCUUCCUCCUCGGCGCCCUCACUCUGGGGUCUCGGGGAAUGACGCACGAGCAGCUGCUCAGUGGCCUCGGCUGGGAGCCCUUUAAGAAGAAUCCAGACGUAUUGCACACGUUGCUGAAGGACCUGAAAGACGGCGUCAUGAAGAGCGACGGAUAUUCUCUAGACGUAGCAGACUUGGCCCUUCUACACGAGAGCUUCGACCUCAACCCGGAGUUCCUCAACCAGACCAUGACGUAUUUCCACAUGGAAUUCCAAAGUGUGGACUUCCAUGACCGCCACGUUCUAGAGACCAUCCGAGACCUCAUCAGACUGAAGACAAGGGGCAGAAUCUCCGAGCUUCAGGAUGAGAUUGACCCCCAGACCAAAAUGAUGCUUCUCAACUUCAUAUUCUUUAAAGGUAAAUGGCAGACACCUUUCAAAUCCGACUCAACCCAGGCAGACACGUUCUAUGUAAACAAGUAUAGUUCGGUAAAGGUCCCGAUGAUGUGCAAGACGGAGAAAGUGGCCGCCAUGUUUGACAAGUCCUUGUCCUGCACAGUGCUGAAACUCCCUUACAGAGGGGGCGCUCACAUGCUGGUCGUCAUGCCCCAGAAUGAUGGAAACUUCGAUGCCUUGGAGGAUGGAUUGUCAAGUGAACUUGUUGCCUCUUGGCUAAGAAAAAUGAAAUUCAGGGAAACUGAGAUCUUCUUCCCAAAAUUCCAACUUGACCAUAAAUACAAAAUGAAAAGCUCCCUGGAUGAACUUGGCAUUAAAGAUAUUUUCACUGGAAGGGCAAAUCUGACUGGGGUGACGGAGGAGAGGAACCUAAUGCUUUCUGAGGUAACACAGAGAGCCGUGAUCGAUAUAGACGAGAUCGGGACCGAAGCCACCGCCGUCACCGGUGCUGAAAUGGUUCCGUACUUCUUACCUUACACCAUCCGAAUCAACCAGCCCUUCAUCUUCAUGAUCUUCGAUGAGAAGUUCAAAUCUUUACUCUUUAUCGGGAGAGUCACUGACCCGACAAAACAUUGAUGACCUCCGGGAUCCCCCGCCGGGAUCAGGAAUCCGCCUCUGCUCACCACUCGGGUGAUCACUGGUCAGCGUGAUUAAUAUUAGACAUGUGACACUGAAAGAUUUUGUUUCGGAAUUUCGUUUUCGUCUGAAAAAUAAAUUUGUUUCGUUUCUCCCGAAA